AUGUACAAGGUUGCAAGAGCGUCAGAGUAUUUGGCGAUCACCGGUGCCGGGAUCGAAGACAUCAAGCUCGCCAAGAAGUCAUGGGUGUUCCCAUGGCAAUCCUGCACAGUCUUCGACGUUUCUCCGGUCAACUACACCUUCAAGGUCCAGGCCAUGAGCGCCGAGAAGCUCCCUUUCGUUCUCCCCGCCGUCUUCACCAUCGGCCCUCGCGUCGAGGACUCCGAAGCCCUGAUCCUCUACGCUAGGCUGAUCUCUCCUCACGACAAAGAAUCCAAUCACGUCAAUGAGCUCGUCGAAGGUGUCAUCGAAGGAGAGACUCGUGUCCUCGCUGCUUCCAUGACCAUGGAAGAGAUCUUCAAAGGGACAAAGGAGUUUAAGAAGGAAGUGUUUGACAAGGUACAACUAGAGCUAGACCAGUUCGGUCUGAUAAUCUACAACGCCAACGUGAAGCAGCUCGUUGACGUGCCUGGACAUGAAUACUUCUCUUACUUGGGCCAGAAAACGCAAAUGGAAGCAGCCAAUCAAGCGAGGAUCGAUGUGUCCGAGGCCAAGAUGAAAGGAGAGAUCGGUGCUAAAGAAAGAAACGGUCUUACUUUGCAGAACGCAGCGAAGAUCGACGCGGAGUCGAAGAUCAUAAUGAUGCAGAGGCAAGGAGAAGGGACUAAAGAGGAGAUCAAAGUCAAGACUGAGAUCAAAGUGUUUGAGAAUCAGAAAGAAGCUGACGUGGCUAAAGCCAAUGCUGAGCUGGCGAUGAAGAAAGCUGCUUGGACUAAAGAUGCUCAGGUUGCUGAAGUUGAAGCAACCAAAGCAGUGGCUUUGAGAGAAGCUGAGCUUCAGACUCAGGUCGAGAAAAUGAAUGCCUUGACUCGCACGGAGAAGCUUAAAGCUGAGUUUCUUAGCAAAGCUAGUGUUGAGUAUGAAACAAAGGUUCAAGAAGCGAAUUGGGAGUUGUAUAACAAGCAGAAGCAAGCAGAGGCGGUUCUAUACGAGAAGCAGAAGGAAGCAGAAGCGCAGAGAGCUGCAGCAGACGCAGCGUUUUACUCAAAGCAGAAAGAAGCAGACGGACUCGUUGCUUUAGCCGGUGCUCAAGGGACUUAUCUGAGGACACUCUUAGACGCUCUUCAGAAUGAUUACUCUGCGCUUAGAGACUUCUUGAUGAUUGAGAAUGGAGCUUAUUUGGAGAUCGCUAAGACUAAUGCGAUUGCGGUUAGAGACUUGCAGCCCAAGAUUAGCGUUUGGAACCAUGGUGGAGAACAGGGGAUUAGUGGUGGUAGUGGGAAUGCUUUGAAGGAUAUAGCUGGACUUUACAAGAUGUUGCCUCCGGUUCUUGAUACGGUUUAUGAACAGACCGGGAUGCAGCCACCGGCUUGGAUCGGUACUCUAAACAAGUAA